AUGCCUCAGACGACGCUGGACGAUUGGGCGCAGGACACUGUGAACCCAGAAGUUCGCGCUCACGUCUCCAGUCUAAUUUCUGCUCUCGGUGGUAUUGGUGAUGAUGGCACGUAUGCACUCGGACACGACGCCCUGCUGUGUCUCAAGGACCUACGGAAAUGGCUAAAGUUUGCCGACGGGCAGUACAAUCGACGCGAUGUUGCACGAUGCAUGGCCGAAGCAAACCUCGUAAAGGGCGACUUACUAGAGAUACUUGCCAAGAUAUCACCGACUGUAACAGAAAGCGCGUGGAAACACAAGAUUGCAGUUGCGACAUUGGAACUGCUUGUGCCUUUGACAUGGCCCAACGAAAUCGACCCAACCGAAGCGACCGUAAACCACCAUCGACAUGGCCCCUACAUCGGGCUCGCCCAGAUUGGAUACAAGCGCGCUAUCCUGCAAUUCGACCGAGACAGAAUCCUCCAGACAGCCGUCAAGACUGCACUUCCUUCAAUGGCAGUACCCCUCCGCGAACGAACACCACGAGAUGAAGGCAUCAUCCGGAUCGCGCUAUAUUUCAUACGCAAUAUUGCCAUGCUUGCACCGCCCAACGAUGCACAUAUGGACACUGACGAAGCCGAAGUCUCUCGAUCUGCAACGAUUGAUACUUUCCAAGAACAGGAUCUAUUCCAGGUCAUUCUGAGUAUCGCCUCCAGCAUUGGAGAGGACUUUGUCACACAAGAUGUUGUCAUACUGGAAAUCUUGUUCUUCCUAUUAAAGGGUAUCGAUGCUGAGAAACUCUUCAUGGAAGACAAGAAGCUCAAUGCCAAAAAUACAGAUGAGCUCAAGGACUUGAUGCAAAAAGAGAAGGCUAUGCUCGCAGGCUAUGCUCGGCAUGCACCAACCCGGCACAACCGAUUCGGAACAAUGAUAUGGAUGAAGCGGGAUGACGAAAAGGUCACGACUAUAUCUGGGCAGGAUGUGCUAGGAAAGGCGCAGGCUAGCAUGGACAAGAUGGAUGCUACGAAGAAGUGGAACAAACCUCGACAAGGAAGGCGCAAGCAGGAUGGUAGCGAAGAGAGAGAGGAGUUCGACCUGCCGGUGUCGCUGACGUCUUCUGCACGGAAACAUAUCAAAGCCUUUGUUGAAGAGUUUCUCGACUCAUCUUUCAAUCCUCUAUUCCUGCAUUUACGGAAAGCUAUCGAGCGCGAGACUGAACGUGUGGAAACACGGCAUUCUAGACAGUACUUCUAUCUCGUAUCGUGGUUCCUGAGAGCAGAGUGCGCGCGGCGGCGGACUAUGAAGGAGAGGGCCGCAGACCCCAAGAGCCCAGAAGUUCUGUCUGCUGAGGAUGAGAGCUACGGGCUAGUAGCCGAAGUCAUGAACCAGGAGACGUUCAUUCUACUCAACCGCUUCAUGCAAAAGAGUCAAGACGAGAAGGCAUGGCGAGAUCUGAACGCCGGACUGAAGUGUUUUACCCAGAUCUUGCUCACCGUGCACGAAAUGUCCGAGUCGGCACUUGAAGAGGACCAAGAGAUUGCUGAGAACAUACAGAACCGUAUCUUCUACGAAGAGUCAACACAUGAUAGAAUAGUCAUGAUUCUAAGGUCAUACAAGGAUCAAGGCUUUGGCUAUCUCGAUGCGGUCACUGAGCUUUCUCAUGUCUUUUUGCGGAUGCUUGAGCGCUAUGCAAAGCAGAACGUGGAUAUGCAGAUCCGCUCGAAGCGACGAGCUCGAAAGAUCAAGAAAAAGAAAGCUGAAAAGCAGGGCGGAGACGGAGAGGAAGAGGGCAACGCUUCCGAGACUGAAGACCUUCAGCAGGCACAGAAGACGGUUUCAGAACGCAAGUUCGAUUUCACGAGAUUUGCUGCAAAGUUUGUCAACCAAGCCAGUGUCAACACUUUCGUGGCGUUUGCCAAGUAUUUCAACGAUCUGGAUACCGAACAACUGAAGCGCGCGCAUCGCUUCUUCCACCGCGUAGCUUUCAAGAUGGAGCUUGGUGUUCUAUUGUGCCGGGUGGACAUCCUGCAGCUAUUCAAUAAGAUGAUGAAGGGUCCAGGCGGCCUGGACCCCGAGUCUCCUGCAUACAGGGAGUGGGAUGACUUUAUCAAACACUUCUUUAGGCAAGUCGUAAAGAGAGUACAGGAGAGACCGGAGCUGGUAGUAGAGAUGCUGUUCAGCAAGAUCCCUGCAACCAUCUUCUUCCUUGAACACGGCUUCGAUAAGGAGGUAAACACCCGAGCGCCACGAGCGCCAGCAGAGCUAGAAGUCAAACCUGGUAUGGAGCUACCGGAUCAGAUUGGUGUCGCUGUUGGUGUUCUUGUAAACCAGUCAAAGUCGGACCACCUCCGCUGGGUACGAGACGUACUCACAUCAGCAGCUGAAGAGCGCAAGGCAUGGGAAGAGGCAGCCGAAGCACAAAAGGCUCUAGUGACUGACGCAGAAGAGCGUCCAGAGGGCGAGACGGUCGCCGAACCAGAUGCCGAAACGUCGAAGCCACCAUCUAUUUUCAUCAAGCACGACACCGAAGAGCGCCGUAUAGCGAUGUUCAAAGACAACAAGCUACGACUACUUAUGAAUUUAGUCGGCUUUGAGAGACUAGGAGAACACCAUGACCCGGACGCUGCAUGGAUUAUUCCUUCAUCGCUCACGUCAACAAAACUACAAGAAGCCAUCGAUCUCAUUCGCAAGUUUGAGUUCGACCCGCCGACAUACGAAGACGGUAAAGCACCAGAGGAUAUGCUCCGCAGCAAAGCCGCAGCAGCUCGUCGGUCUACCCGCCGGGCCGAAUUCGACGAUGACUCUGAUGGCAUAGAUCGCGAUCUGGAAGAUGAGGAUCACGGAGAAUACGCCAAAGGCGGACCGACUACGCGUGACGCAGACACUGAUGUUCCUCGCAAAACACUGAAGCGACGGCGCCGACAGAAGACUCCCGUCGAGCUCGAUGAAGAAGAACAAGACCGCCGAGCCGAAGCACGUCGCAAGAAGGAAAUCGAGAAACAAGCUAAAGCGUUGAGUACGAUGUAUGUCCAUGACUCCGAUGAUGAGGACUGGGACGCUGAGAAGGAUGCCGCCUUCUUUGCAAGAGAGCAGGCGAUUCGUGAAGAGAAUCUGAAAGUGUUCAAAAAGUCUCUGGUGUUGGGGACCGUGGAGCCGGCUGUUAGUGUGGGGAAGAAGAGGAAGGCUGAUGCGACGAUUAAGAAAAGUAAGAGGAGUAAGAAGAAAGCGCUGUUUGAGGAUAGUGAUGAUGAUAUGGAGGAUGCAGAGAGUAGCCAAGCUGCAUCUAUGACUGAGGAUAAUCAAGACGAGGAUGAUGUCGGAGAGGGAACGACAGAUACACCGCUUUCGAGUCAGAAUGCCAAUGCUAUGACGGCAGAGAGCGAUACGGAUACGCCUAGGAAACCAGCGAGUAGUUCAGCUAAGGCUAUGGAUACUGCAAUGGCAGAGACAGAUACGGAUGACGAUGAGGAUGAUGCACCCGUGGCGCGAAGAGCAGCGCCACGAAAUACAAGGGCAGGGUUUGUCAUUGACAGUGACUCGGAGUAA